GAUCGACUGUUCUAUUUCGCCGAGGUCAGCUGUCGCUCCUUGCGUGUGACGCAGCCUCGAAACUAGCCUAUCGAUUAAGCAUGAUGACCUAUCGUGUACGGCAGGCUCAGCAAUCCGACAUCCGAGACGUCCGGGCUUCGAAACAAGAUUCGCGGGGCUGACAAGCCUCGUACACUGUAUUAAAGUACGAUCUUGCGAGAUACGUACUGCACCAACAUGGCUGCGCUAUUCUCUUGGCUCCCAAGCCUUCCUUACCCUCCCGAGCAGGACGGUUACUGGAGCCCGGUAACGUCGACACUCGACUGGUGUGAAGAAAAUUAUGUUGUUACAACGUAUGCUGCUGAGAUUGUCAAUACUCUCACGAACCUGCUUUUUAUGUUCCUUGCAAGCAAGGGCAUUCGAAAUUGCCUAAAGUAUGGCCAUGACACAGUCUUCUUAGUUACCUUCCUGGGCUACGUAAUUGUCGGGACUGGCAGCUUCUUGUUCCAUGCGACUCUGAAAUAUCCCAUGCAGCUCGUAGAUGAGCUUUCGAUGAUCUACACUACCUGCCUUAUGUGUUUCGCGACAUUUUCGUACGGCAAGUCUGUGAGAUACUCUACCGCCCUCGCUGUAGGCCUAGUAUCUCUGGCCCUAUUUGUCACGCUGUACUAUCAUCACAUUCAGGACCCGGCUUUCCACCAGAAUGUUUAUGCACUGCUGACCGCCAUUGUCCUAUUCCGCGCCAUAUACAUGAUGGAAGUUGCCAUUCGGCCACGCUUCAAGUCGAAAGAGAGGAGAGCACUAAACCCACGAUCUGACUGGGCAACGGAGGCUGUCAGAAAGCGCGAGGACUCGAGGGAUCAAGAAAUUCUUCGCACAAUGUGGAAGCUGAUCGCCUCCGGCUUAAGUAUUUUCUUGGGAGGGUUUGCGCUCUGGCACCUCGAUAACGUGCAUUGCUCCAAACUGAUAAAGUGGCGGCAUGAAAUCGGAAUGCCCUGGGGGUUUCUGUUGGAAGGCCAUGGUUGGUGGCAUCUCAUGACAGGGGUAGGAGCUUACUUCUACAUCGUCUGGGGUAUUUGGCUCAGGCACUGUCUUAACUACAGACACGAUGAGUUUGAGCUGUACUGGCCGAACUGGUACACCAUGCCGGAAAUUGUGAAGACAGGCGCCGUGGCGAAUGGAUCGACAAAGAAGACGGCAUGAACUGCAUGCACAAGCUGCUGUCCCAUGCAUACAUAGGCAACCACGUCGCACUGUUGUGGUGCGCAGUGCUGGAGCCAUGUGGGGCUGCUGAGCAGGAAGGAACUCCUGAGCUGGCACCAGUCCUGGCAAAGCGCCUUUCUAAGCGCCUUCGCGAGCGCAUUGCCGCAAGCUAAGUGAUUAGACAGAGAAUGACAGAGACCUCAGAGGGUCAGUUAGAGUUUAGACA